AUAUCGUAUUUUGUAUAUAUGAGCGGUUGGUUUAUCUUUACGCCUAUAACAGAUCGUAUCUCUUCAAGAUGUGAAACUUCUUUGCGGUCGGCCAUUUUCAAGAAUUUCAGUUUAGGAUCACCGAUAAUAUUGAAAAUUAUUCAUAAGCGAAAUCUCUCAUCAUGGAUCCACCUAAGAAUGGCAUUUACAUUAUACAGGGAGAAAUCUCCCUUGUGGUCACUGCAAUGCGGCGGUCAUCCCGCUGGUCAUCUCAUAAUCUUCAAGAUGAGGAGGCUGAUCCUUUACUUGGUGCCUUCUCCCAACUAAAAGAUGUUUUAAACAAUAUAACUGAUUUGGAUGAGAUUGAGCCCAAUGCUUUUCUUGGGCCAUUUUUGGAUGUCAUUCGAUCGGAAGAUACAACAGGUCCGAUCACGGGACUGGCUCUGACAUCUGUCAACAAGCUUCUAUCCUACGGUCUUCUAGAAGCCACAACUGAUACCACACCAGCAGCUGUAGAGAAUAUAGCUGACGCAGUCACUCAUGCCCGGUUUGUGGGGACAGAUCCCGGUUCUGAUGAGGUUGUGCUCAUGAAAAUAUUACAUGUUUUGAGGACUUUGUUGCUCUCACCAGUUGGCGUCCUUCUCACAAAUGAAUCAGUUUGUGAAAUCAUGCAGUCUUGCUUCAGAAUCUGCUUUGAGAUGAGGCUUAGUGAGCUGCUACGGAAGUCAGCAGAGCAUACCUUGAUGGACAUGGUUCAGCUGCUCUUCUCCCGUUUACCUCAGUUUAAAGAGGACCCAAAGUGGGUAGCUAGUAUGAAAAUGUUGAAGAUGAGGACGGGAGGAGUUGACCCAUCAAGGCAUGUCAGGAAGAAAAGAUCACCCCGCCCCAGACAGAAGCGUACUUCCCCAAAGCCAAGUCUACAAUCAGGGGGACAAGGGGUUUCAGACAAUUUGGAUGGUGGGGAAAGAACAGCCGAGGCAAUUAGCUAUGUAAACGCUCCUAGGGAACGACUUGCUACCACACCCGGUACUCCAGGAGAUGAGGGCAUUAUUGAUAUUUCCAAACAGUUUCAGAAUGCAUCAGAAAGAGAGAGACAGGAUAUGGAAAGAGAAAAUGUUGAAACUCUUCAGACAGCAGAUGAAGAUAAGCCACCUCCAGGAGAGGAGAGUUCUGAACAAGGAGAAGAACAAAUUGAGAGUUCAACUCCUCAAGUUACCCUCUCUGUACCUGAGGAAGAAGAUAUGAUGCACAACCGUAAGUGGAGUGAACCAGAGUUGUUCGGCGAGGAAGCUGACCAGCUCAGUUUAGUGUCAGAGGCAGGUGAUGACAGCGAAUCAGUACAGUCAGCUGCAGAUGUGUCUGACAGUGCGGCCCAAGACGACUAUGUAAAUCCUCGAGGAGUCAGGUUCACUCCUCACCAGUCCAGAGAAGGUUCUGGACCUUUGAUACCCUAUGGUUUGCCAUGUGUCCGAGAGCUGUUCCGUUUCCUAAUCUCUCUGACCAAUCCUAUUGACCGUCACAACACCGAUGUUAUGAUCCACAUGGGACUGAGUCUCCUGACUGUUGCCUUUGAGUCUGGAGCUGACCACAUUGGGCAAUAUAACUCACUUUUAUUCCUGGUUAAGGAUGAGAUGUGUCGACAUCUCUUCCUGCUAUUACAGUCGGAGAGGUUGUCCCUGUUUUCUGCCUCGUUGCGUGUAUGUUUCCUAGUGUUUGAGUCCAUCAGAAGUCACCUUAAGUUACAGUUGGAGAUGUACUUGACAAAGCUAACAGAUAUCAUUGUCUCUGAGUCUCCUAGAAUAUCUUUUGAGAUCCGAGAGAUUGCUCUUGAAUCGAUCGUACAGCUAUGGAGGAUUCCUGGCUUGGUCACGGAGCUUUACCUAAACUACGACUGUGAUCUAUAUUGCUCCAAUCUUUUUGAGGAUCUCACAAAACUACUUUCCAAGAAUGCAUUCCCUGUCCAAGGUCUAUUCUCCACCCACCUGCUGUCCUUGGACGCACUACUGACAGUUGUGGAUAGCAUAGAACAGCACUGCCAUAGCCGAAUACUGACCACAACGAAGAAGGCCACAGAUACAGAGGUCAAGGUCACAGAAGAAACCAGUGAAGGUGAUAAGACGGAGGAAUCAUCCCCUGUGGAUGGGGCAGAGCCGAACAAACCCAGUGCUCCCUUACUGGGGCCCCCCACAUCAGGAUACGCCAUGGGGCAGAGGAUUGUACAGUCAAAAGAACAGACACCAUCAGAUGCGCCAAAACCUGUCAAGGUGAAGGAUAUGGGGAGGAGAGGUCCACAGAUAAGGCCAAACAGAAUGAAGGCAUCAGUCAAAAUCCCUGGGACAGAAGAGUUGUCUGCAGUCAAACACAAGAAAAAGGUUUAUUACACGGGCACCGAACAAUUUAAUCAGAAGCCUUCCAAAGGUAUUGCUUUCCUCCAGGAACAGAACCUACUCAGCUCCCCACUUGACCCAGGAGAGGUGAUCAUGUUCCUCAAGGAAAACCCACGUCUUGAUAAGGCCAUGAUCGGCGAGUACAUAGCCAAAAAGGCUAAUGCCAAAGUCUUGGAGGCUUUUGUCAAGUCAUUUAACUUUGAAGACUUACGUGUAGACGAGGCCCUGAGGAUGUACCUGGAAGCGUUCCGGCUUCCUGGUGAGGCCCCGGUCAUAUCCUACCUCAUUGAACAUUUCUCUGACCAUUGGCAUAAAAGCAAUGCAGAACCAUUCGUCAAUGUUGAUGCAGCCUUUACACUCACCUAUGCUGUGAUAAUGCUAAAUGUCGACCAACACAACCACAACGCUAAAAAACAGAACAUACCCAUGACUGUCGAGCAAUUUAAGAAGAACUUGAAGGACUGUAACGGUGGGAGUGACUUUGAUCAUGACAUGUUGGAAGAGAUUUACAGUGCUAUCAAAAAUGAUGAAAUUGUGAUGCCAGCAGAACACACGGGUCUGGUGAGGGAGAAUUAUUUAUGGAAGGUGCUUCUUCGGAGAGGUACUACAAAAGACGGAAUGUUUGUACAUGUGCCUUCGGGAGCCUUUGACCAUGACCUUUUCUCCCUAAUAUGGGGACCCACCGUUGCGGCAUUGUCGUUUGUGUUUGACAAGAGUGGCGAUGAAACAAUUAUACAGAAAGCCAUUGCAGGAUUUAGAAAAUGUGCCAUGAUUUCUGCCCACUACGGAAUGAGUGACGUUUUUGAUAAUCUAGUCAUAUCUCUGUGCAAAUUCACCACACUUCUCAGUUCUGUGGAGAGUCCAGAGAAUUUACCAAUUGUGUUCGGAGCUAACCUCAAGGCUCAACUGGCUGCUAGAACAGUAUUCGGUCUGGCCCAUCGCCAUGGUGAUAUUCUACGUGAGGGUUGGAAAAAUAUAAUGGACUGCAUGCUACAGUUGUAUCGUGCCAAACUUUUACCCAAGGGUCUUAUAGAAGUGGAAGAUUUUGUGGACACCAGUGGGAAAAUCAGUAUAAUCAAGGAGGAGGCGGCUACCAACCAGAGAUCAGAGAGCGGUGUGUUGAGUAGUUUCUAUUCCUACUUUACCUCUGAGUCACAAAACACAAAAGGUCCAACACCAGAGGAACAAGAGGCAAGUCGACAAGCUCAAAACUGCAUCCGUGACUGUCACCUUGAACAACUCGUAACAGAAAGCAAAUUUCUACGAGAGGACUCACUUCAGGAACUCAUCAAGGCCAUGAUCUUCGCCUCCCAGGGUCCAGAAGCCCACCAUUCCAUGGGAACUGUGUUUGAUGAGGAUGCAUCUGUGUUUUUCCUGGAACUCCUUGUAAAAGUUGUGCUACAAAACAGAGAUAGAGUAACUCCAGUGUGGCAAGGAGUUCGAGACCAUAUAUACAACUUAACAGUGAAUGCAGGGGAUCACACAUUCCUGGUGGAGCGAGCAGUUGUAGGAAUUCUUAGGCUAUCAAUCAGACUUUUACGUCGCGAGGAUAUCGCAUCACAAGUUUUAACUUCUCUACGUAUAUUAUUGAUGAUGAAACCUAGUGUUAUUCACAAUGUGGCUCGACAGGUAUCAUUUGCUCUACACGAAUUGUUACGGACUAAUGCAGCCAAUAUACACACGGCCCAGGAUUGGUAUACUUUGUUUAUGCUGCUUGAGGUGGUUGGCGCUGGAGCUAAUCCCCCACCUAUACUACAGACCCAUGCUGAAAGGGAACUUCCAGAUGCCCUCUCUGAUGCAGGUGCCCAGAGUGAUAGUGAGGUGCCCAGCGGGACUAGUAUGACAGAUGGCUACCAGGAGAGGGGCUACACUUCAGACAGUGAACUUUACGAAUCUCAGACAAAGAACCAUCGCAGUCCGUCCCCGCUAGAGGUCAGGCCGGUCCCAGAGAAUGGAAGCUGGCUAUUGGUGAACAAAGAAAGUCAGAUCUUAGGGAAGGAGGAAGAGGCCAUACCUAAGGUACAGUCCCACUCGAACCAGUACAGUAUAGAACUUCCUGAGGAAUUGUGUUACUGUGACAGCAAGUCUCUCAUCAAAUCAUCCGAGACCCUGUCUUUCCUGGUACGCGAUGCAGCUCACGUCACACCCCUGAACUUUGAGAGCUGUGUCCAUGCCAUUCGCUCAUUUGUAGAGGCCAGUCUCAAUGGAGGCCGUCAGCGACCUACAGCACCAGUGAGACAUCAAAAACACGGUAAGGUGUCCCACAAAGUGUCCAAAUCUAAAAAAGAACAAGACAAGAUGAAACGAUCUCACUCAUCUCCGACACAUCUUCACAACAUGGUCUCCUCUGAUGAUGAAGGGGAGGGAGAAUCAACAGCUGCUGGGCUCCACUCGCUGUCAAUCCAGCUGUUGGAUCUAAUGCACACCCUCCACACUCGAGCAGCCUCUAUUUAUACAUCCUGGGCCAAAGAGGAGCACUCCUCAGAAGAGUGUGAGACAGUUGAUGCUGGACACAGUUCUCUGUGGGUCAAGUGCUGGUGUCCUUUGCUUCAGGGUAUUGCCCGUCUGUGUUGUGAUACACGACGGCAGGUCCGCAGUCAAGCUUUAACUUACCUACAGAGGGCACUACUGGUCCAUGAUCUUCAAACCUUGUCAGCAGCAGAGUGGGAGGCAUGUUUCAACAAGGUGCUGUUUCCACUAUUAAGCAAACUACUGGAGAACAUCAACCAACAGGAUCCAACUGGUAUGGAGGAGACUCGCAUGCGAGCCUCCACACUCCUCUGUAAGGUGUUCCUGCAGCACCUUAGUCCACUGUUGUCUUUGAGUACCUUCACGGCUCUGUGGCUCACCAUACUCGACUUCAUGGACAAGUAUAUGCAUGCUGAUAAAAGCGACUUACUGCUGGAAGCAAUUCCUGAAUCACUAAAGAAUAUGUUAUUGGUGAUGGACACCGCCGGAAUCUUCCAGACGAUGGAUGGAACCGAGUCCCAACUUUGGAAGCUCACCUGGGACAGAAUUGACACUUUCCUACCUCUCCUGCGCCAAGAACUUUUCAAAUCUCACCAGGCUGAAACCAAGAAAGUAAUUCAGACUCAGCCAAUCAGUGAGGUCCCUGCCCCCAUCCCUACAGAUGCUCCUGCCCCUCCCCAAGGGACAACGAAUGAACCCCCGAGGCAAGAGGAGGUACCCCUUGAGGGUGUAACGGUUGUGAACAAUGACACAGGAGUUCCUUCAGCGUGUUUGGAGCACCAUCCCCCAGGCACCCUGACCUAUCCUUACUAUCAACAAUCACAACAGCCCACCCCACCCUAUCUACUCCAUCCCCCCACCCCUCUCACAAACACGCCCCUCCUCCUCACCGAGACUGACGGGGGCAGCGCGGCCAUCUCUGGAGUACCGUUGCUACUUAAUGUAGAUAUAAGACAGGGUACGCCGGUACCUUAUAUUGCUACACAAAAACCAACAGAAUUGAUGACAGAAAACCCGUGAUAAAUUCUCCAUCUCAUGCUAAAUCUACAGGAAUCUACCCUGUCCAUGAUGUGUGAUACAGGAUCUCAUUGGAUAGAAAGGA